AUGAUGUAACGGUAGCUAGCUGCUAAUGCUAACUGUUGCAGUGUGCCGGAGAGAUGGCGGCACUUCUGCAGCAAACUCUGGAGAAAAACGAAUUUAACAAAUUGCCGAAAGCUAUCCAGAACAAGCUCGAGAAGCUUCUCGGCGACCAGCAGACAGAAAUAGACUCACUGAAAUCCCAAUAUGAAAGACAUAAAGCAGACUGUGAGCAACAGUACUUUAAUCUUGAGAAGAAACUAGCUGAGAGUCAGGAGCAGUUCUUGUCCCAAAGUAAAGAAUAUCACAGUGUUAAGGAGGAGAAUGCCAGGCUAACUGAGGAACUUAAGAAGUUAAAAGAUAUAGAGGAAGAGCAAGGGACAACACAGGAGAGUAAACCACCAAGAGCCAAGUAUGAAAUCGAGGCAGAGAACAGAGAGCUCUCCCGUUUGCUUGAAAAGAGAUCUCAAGAAGUGGACAAUCUUAGUGAGGAUCUCAAACGACUCAAUGAGAAACUUGUGGAGACCAACACAGUCAAGAUGGAGCUCCAGCUUAAACUGGAUGAACUUCAGGCAUCUGAGGUUUCCAUUCAAUAUCGUGAGAAAAGAAUGGAACAAGAGAAAGAGCUCCUCCAGAACCAGAAUACAUGGCUGAAUUCAGAGUUAAAGAGCAAGACCGAGGAGUUGUCCAAACUGUCCAGGGAGAAGGGGAAAGAGAUCCUGGAGUUAAAGUGCUCUCUAGAGAGCAAGACGGAUGAGGUGACCAGGCUUCAGGACCAAGUCAACACGCUCAAGCAAAACAAUGAAAAUCUGCAGAAAAGUACUGAAGAUCUGAUGAACAAGCUCAAAGAGGCUAAGGACCAGCGAACCUCCAUGGAGGAGAAGUAUCGCAAUGAGCUGAAUGCUAACCUCAAACUUUGUAACCUGUACAAGGAUGCAGCCGCAGAAGCCGAAACCAAGAACGGCGAGCUGAACAGAGCUGUAGAGGAGCUUAACAAGCUGUUAAAGGAAACUGUGGACGCCAGAAAAGACACAGAGAAGAAGCUCUCAGAGUUGGCGGGUCUGCGGGAGAAAGCAGAGUCUGAGCUACAGGAGAAGAUCAGGAAUCUGGAAAAAGAGCUUGAGAACUCCAACACACGCCUGGCAGAUUUUAAGAGGAGAGGUGUUCCAGCUUUCACAGAAGAAGAGCUGACAAACCUUUCCCCAACUGCAGCUGCAGUGGCCAAGAUUGUUAAGCCUGGUAUGAAGCUCAUGGAGCUGUAUAAUGCUUUUGUGGAGGCACAGGAUAAACUGCACCUGGAGAAGCUGGAGAACAAGCGUCUGAACAAGGUUCUGGAUGAAAUAGUCCUGGAGGUGGAGACCAAGGCUCCCAUUUUAAAACGCCAACGAGAGGAGUAUGAGAACAUGCAGAAGUCCAUGGCCAGCCUCUGUGCGAAACUGGAGCAAGCCAUGAAGGAGGUCCAUCGGCUGCAGAAGGAGACGGAUGAAGCCAAUAAGAGAGCUUUAGUGCUUGAGAGAGAUAAUCAGCGAUCCGAGAGACAGCUAGCAGACGUGUCUGAACAGGUGUGCGUGCUGCUGGUGGAGCUGGAGGAGGCGCGUGGUAAUCACGUGGUGCGUGAGGACGUGAGCUCUGCAGUUAGCAGCAGCUCUGAGGUACAGGGCUCACGGCAAGUUGCCUUCCGCAGCGUCCAGGAGCUUCAGCAGCAGAACCAAAACCUUUUGGCCCAGGUCAAGGAGCUGGAGGAGCAAAGAGAGAGGGAGCAGAGCCAAGCUAAGACUGCCAGGCAAACUGAGCUGGAACAGAGUCUAGAGAAGGUUCAGAAGGAUCUGGAGCAGGUCAAGGAACAGAUGAAUCACCAGAAACAGCUGGCUGACUCUAGCACGCGGCAAAGAGACAUGUACCGCAUCCUGUUGCAGACAGCUGGAGUCGAGCUUCCAACACAGGGUUCAGAGGGUGGAUCUCCGGCCCCCACUCCCAGCAGACCAGGAGUCAUGGGCACCCGAUCUAUACCACUGAGGUCUGCAGCUGCAGAAUCUGUCCAGGCAACACAGGCCAGAGCAGCACUCAAACAGCUUAAUGAUGCCUUCACAACAUAUAAAAAAGAAAAGGCAGAAAACGACAAACUUCUGAAUGAACAAAUAGAAAGGCUUCAAGGUCAAAUGUCUGAACUGCUGUCACAAAAGGCCAAGCUUUCCUCUCAGCUGGAGUUUGCAUCCAAACGGUACGACAUGCUUCAGGAGAAUGUGAAGGGAUUUAGACGAGAGAUUGAAGCCAUGAGAGAGAGGAAUCUGAAGAUGACAGCCACUCAUCAGAGACAUGAGGAGAUCAUUCACACAAUAACCCAAGACCUGAGAGAGGCCAAUGAGAAGCUAGCUAUGGCUGAGUCGCGUGUUGAGAACACUCGUAAGGAACGAGACAUACUGAAGCAGGUGGAAAACAGACUGACCCAGGAGAAGGAGUCGAUUUUGUCGGAGCAGAGGAGUCAAAACCUUCUGCUUACCAACCUCAAAUCCAUUCAGUUGACCAUGGAGCGCUCUGAGACCGAGACCAAGCAACGCUACAAUAAUCAAAUCCAGCGCCUGGAGAAAGAGAUUGUCCAGUUCAAGAAGAAACUGGAGCAGGAGGUGGAACAAAGACAUGCGCUGGAACGCAACCAAGAUGCUAAGCUGUUGGAAACUAAGAAGCAGUUGGAGGCACAAACGGCACUACAUCAGAAGACUAAGGAGCUGCUAAGAACUGCUGAACAGCAAGUCACCUCCCUUAGACAGCAACUGAACAAUGAGAGCAACAGCACAACACCUAAACCACCUCUCAGGACGUUACCCAGAGCUCCUGGCGUUCCUCAGCAGGAGGUGGAUGACCUCCGUGUGCGUCUACAGCAGGCCGAGGAGCAAAACUCUGACCUGAAGGAACGUCUGAAAACCACCACCACCAGCGUAGAGCAGUACAGGUCCAUGGUGCUCAGUUUGGAGGAGUCGCUCAACAAAGAGAAGCAGUUGGCUGAGCAAGCACAGUCCUCGACCGAAAGCCAGUUGAAGGCAGCGCAGGAGUUGGGACAGCAGCUAGAGAUCCGAUUGGCGGAAGCAGAGAAAGAGAAGCUGGAGCUCCAGGAGGAGAAGAUGAAAGCUGUGGAGAGCAUUGAAGAACGUGUGAAGGAGCUGAAGAGCAGCUUGACAGACAUGCAAACGGAGCUGCAGGAUGCCCUGCAGAGAGCUACAGCAGCUGUGGCCCAAGAGCAGAAAGCCACGCAGGAUAGCAAACUACAGGGUAAGCUGGCAGCAGAAGCUCAAAAUAAGUACGAGCGAGAGCUCAUGCUGCAUGCUGCGGAUGUGGAGGCCCUCCAGGCCGCUAAGAAGCAGGCCCAGAUUUCAGCGCAGAAUCUAAAGCAGUUGGAAGAGAAGGCUCAGAAGGCAACGGCUGAGUUGCGUCAAUGUCGAAUUGACUGGGAGCAGCAGGAAAAGAGACUAAAGGAGGAGCUGUCUAAAGCACAGAAAAGAGCAGAGGAGCUGCAGAAACAAAAUGCGAUGCUCCACAAACAGAUGGAGAACCUCAGCAGCAAAAUUCAUGCAUCCACCCAGCAGCCGACAGCCAAAGAGAGCAGUCUGAGCGAAGAGGGCACGUCACACGAGCAGAUCCUGGAGAUCCUAAGGUUUGUUCGUCGGGAGAAAGAGAUUACUGAGACUCGGCUGGAGGUUGCACAGGUGGAGACUCUGCGCUAUAAACAACGCUUGGAGUACCUCGAGGGAGAACUGAAGGAACUACAGGAGAGUCUGACUGCAGAAAGGGAUAAACUUCAGGUUACUACAAAGACCUUGGCACAGCAAGAAGACAUGAUCAAGCGAAUGGAGAAUAUGAAUGCUUUGACUGAGAUCAACAAUAAGCUGAAGAAUGAGAAGAACAGACUGGAGCAUGAAUUACAGCAGAACCAGGCCAAGAUGCGUAAGCUGGAAGCAGACAUUCAACCCCUGCAGGAGUCUAAUGCUGAGCUGAGUGAGAAAAACGGCAUGUUACAGGUCGAGAAGAGACUUCUGGAUGAGGACGUCAGGCGCUUAAAGAUCCGCAUACAGCAACUACUGAACCAGCAAAAAGACAGCGAUAAAGAAGAAAAUAAGAAGCUACAUUCUGAGAGGGAAGCCCAUCUCAAACGCAUCCAGCUGCUUACAGAGGAAACAGGCAAACUAAAGAACGAGUUGGCCAGGAGCCAAGCAUCCAUCACCGCAGUUCAGAGCCAGGUGCAAAACCUGCAGGACAGCAUAGGGAAGAUCACUACUGAAAGAGAUGAUUUGAAGAAGGAGCUGGAGGCCAAGACACUAGAGAUUCAGGAGAAACUCAAAACCAUCACGCAGGUCAAGAAGAUUGGGCGGCGCUACAAAACCCAGUACGAAGAACUCAAAGAACAGCAUGAGAAGAUGGUGGCAGAGACUGCUGCCAAGCCAGCACAGGAGCAGGAAGACCGCCAGGCCUCUUUGCAGGAGAUUCAGAACCUGAAGAACUCAUUAAGUCAGGCACAAAACAGAACCUCGGAACUGGAGACCCAGCUGGACAAUAUACAGAAGACAGUCCAGGAGCGUGAAGCUGAGGUGAAGAGCCUCCAGGAGCAGCUGGGACCGGUGCAGCCAGAGCUCAACCGCCUGAAGGCGGAGCUCCAGGAGAAAAGCAACCUGGAAGAACAACUCAGACAGCAGAUGGCUGAUAAAGAGGAGAAGACCAAAAAAGCCUUCAUGGGUGCCAAGCAGAAGAUCAAUCAGCUCAACAGUGCGAAGGAGCAGCUUUCAAAGGAGAACGAGGAGCUGAAGCAGCAGAAAGAGGAGCUGGAGGUGAGGAUGGGCGCGCUCAAGUCUCAGUACGAAGGUCGACUGAGCCGACAGGAGAGGGAGCUGAAAGACCUCCGGGAGCAGCAGGAGAGACAUGGGGACCAGAGAGAUGAAGCUCAGGAGCCUGGUCAAAGCAAGGUUCAAGAGGUUCAAAGGUCAUCAGACCCCCGACAGAUUACUCUCAAAUCCACACCUGCUGCUGACAGGGGAAGUGCCAGCACUUCAGAGCCGCCAACAGCUAACAUUAAGCCCACGCCAGUCACCGGUGCCCCCGGUAAGCCUUCACCGAUUGCGGGGAGCAAGUCUACUCCUAGGGCAAGCAUCCGGCCAAUGGUAACACCUGCUCCGAUGACCACGCCCACGGCCACCGUCAUGCCCACCACUGUGGAAACGCAGGAAGCCCUUCAGUCCACUGAGGGUCCAGUGGAGCAUGUUACUGUCUUUGGCAGCACCAGUGGCUCAGUGCGCUCCACCAGUCCUAACAUACAGACCAUGCAGCCAAUCCUCAGCCUGCAGCAGAGCCAAGCCACGGCCUUUGUCCAGCCAACUCAACAGCAGGCCAGUCAGGAGGCAACAGCAACUAUUAUGGAGGCGGUGCAUAGCUCACAGAUGGAGAGACCGUCCACCUCCACUGCUGUCUUUGGCACAGUUUCAGCGACCGCAGGCUCGUCUGUUCCUAAACGUGUGCGUGAGGAGCAGGAGGAGAGCUCCAGUGAGGUGACAGACACCACCCAGGAUGACACCCUCCACCCUCCCAUCUCCAAGAAGCUCCGCAUCAUAAGGCGGGCAGGUCUGGAGAUGAGCAGUGAUGCUUCAGGUACAGAGGAGAGCAACGAUGCUAUGGUCGAAGGUUUCGAUGGUCAGCAGCCUGCAGAUGACAGUGAGGUAGCCUACCCAGUUUUAGGAGAGGGAGAUGAUGAGUCUUUGUCUCAGUCCGUCCCAAUGGAUCAGGUAAGCGAGUCUCAGCCUCCCGAGUCUCAGAUCAGUGAGCAGGGCUUAUCGGAGGAGUAUAAGCAGGAGGUCAUUGUCAUAGAGACGGACAGCACCACCGACGAGGAAGAGGAGGAGCAAGAAGAGGCUGGACAGUAUGACGAUGAUGAUGCAGAAAAUGAGGAGGAGGAUGAUGAUGAUGGUGAUGAAGGGAUGGCAGAAGGAGCAGAAGAGAGUAAUGAAGGCAGUGGCAGUGGAGAUAUCAAUGAGGCCUAUGAAGGGGAUGAGGCAGAGGGUGAAGGUGCAGCAGAUCCAGCUGUCGACAAUGAAGAAAGUCAAGAAGCAUCUGAUUCUAUCCAGAAACAAGCAGACUCUCAGAGUGGUGAAGUUAGUGUGAGCACCCUUGAAUCCUUCCCUGCGGCUGAGCCAGUGAGAGAGCACCAGCCACUCCCCAGCACCACCACUUCUUCCCUGGGCCCACGCCUGCCCCAGCCCCCCCGCAGGCCACAUCACACCCCACCCCCACGCCUCAACAUCCACCCUGUCCCUGAGCUUGGACCCCCCAUCAUCCAGAGGCAAUCAGGACAGACCAGACGGCCCUCGAUGAGUCGUGUACCCCAGCUCACGCCUGGAAUCGGAAGCAUGCAACAUUUCUUUGAUGAUGAUGAUAGGAUGGUUCCCAGCACUCCUACUCUUGUGGUACCACACCGCACGGACGGCUUUGCCGAGGCCAUUCAUUCCCCUCAGGUGGCCGGGGUCCCUCGCUUUCGUUUCGGCCCUCCUGAAGACAUGAUGCCCCAGGCCAGCUCAUCUCACUCUGACUUGAGCCAUCUGGCCACACAUGGGGGUUUGGGCAUGUACGAGAGUCCUCUCUUCCUGCCUACCCAUGAUGAAGAGUCUGGAGGUAGGAGUGUGCCCACCACCCCUCUACAGGUGGCAGCUCCAGUGACAGUAUUUACAGAAAGCCACCCCUCUGACGUAUCAGAGACCGCCUCUCAGUCUGUUCCUAUGGUGAGCACAUCAACUGGUGCUCUCACUGCUUCGGGAGAGGCUAUGGCGGGAGAUGAUGGUGAUGAUGUCUUCGUUGCCGAGGCUGAGAGUGAAGGGGUGAGUAGUGAAGCGUGUCUAGAGAGCCAGUCGGAGAUGGAAUCUGCACAGCCAAACGAUGAUGCGAGCCUGCCGUCCACUAGCCAAGAGCCCACGUCCAGCUCUGCAGACACCAGUUGCACCAGUACAGGACCGGUCAAACCUGCAAGUCGGCUCAUUCCCCAGCAUCAGCUGCCCAGGAGAAACCAGCUCAUCAGAAGAGGUGAUGGUUUUCCUCGUGGAGGUCGGGGUCGAGGUCUCAACAGGGGCACUCCCAUUUAAAUCCAUCUGACUUUACAGCGUCUGCCCAGCAGAAACACUGAUCACUCACCCCACAAUCAACCCACCGUUUAAUUCGUUUUAAAAUUUAAUUUCAUCAGAGCUUUAAAGCAAAUUAUUAAUUUUGUUAUUUUGUACUUUGUGAGUAAUUACGCUGAAGCCAUGUUCAUUAGUUUUGCAAAUAAAUGAAGAAAUGUGUCUUGA